AUGGAGAGCUCAGAGACCGUGAUGCAGGAACCCAGGUCGAAGCCAGCUUUGUGGGGGGGCACACCACAAUACGACUAUGUCUGCUUUGAGAAACGCACCCGUUACGGGAUACCUUUGGAGGCAGGACACGAGGCUGGGCGGACAGGGGACGAGCUGCACUACCUGGAGAACUCCCUCAGCUACCCACAGCUUUAUGGCCAGUACACAGACCAGACAACUGACAUUUCAGAGAAGGAAGCAGCAAAACUACUGAAGAAACAGGCCCAAAAGAACAAUGGAAGACCCCUGAAACGAGACAGCCAAGUACAGAUCAAAGAAGAACACUAUUCCAAAUGUCAAGACUGUGCUAGACGAAUCCAGAAAUAUGUUACCAGGAAGCUUGGAGAAGACUGGAUUUUCUUGGUUCUUUUGGGUCUGGUCAUGGCGUUGGUGAGCUGGGGAAUGGAUUAUGUCAGUGCGAAGAGCAUCCAGGCCUACAAGUGGAUGUACACAGAGCUGCACCCGAAUAUUCCUAUGCAGUAUGUGGUGUGGGUUGCAUACCCACUUGCUCUUAUUCUGUUUGCGGCCGUUUUCUGCCACCUCGUCUCUCCGCAGGCAGUUGGGUCUGGGAUCCCAGAGCUCAAGACCAUUAUGAGGGGAGUUGUCCUCAAGGAAUAUCUCACUCUCAAAGCUUUUGUGGCCAAAGUUGUGGGCCUCACAGCUGGGCUUGGAAGUGGCAUGCCUGUGGGGAAAGAGGGUCCUUUUGUGCAUAUUGCCAGUAUCUGUGCUGCAGUACUCAGCAAGUUCAUGUCAAUCUUCUGUGGUGUGUAUGAGCAGCCAUACUAUUACACGGAUGUCCUGACUGUGGGGUGUGCUGUGGGUGUUGGCUGCUGUUUUGGGACACCACUUGGAGGGGUUCUUUUCAGCAUUGAGGUCACUUCCACUUACUUUGCUGUGCGCAAUUAUUGGAGAGGUUUCUUUGCAGCUACCUUUAGUGCCUUCGUUUUCCGAGUCCUUGCUGUUUGGAACAAGGAUGCAGUUACCAUCACAGCCCUGUUCAGAACAAACUUUCGUAUGGAUUUCCCCUUCGAUCUGCGAGAGCUGCCAGCAUUUGCUGUAAUAGGCAUAUGCUCUGGAUUCCUUGGAGCAUUCUUUGUUUAUCUCAAUCGCCAAGUGGUCCUGUGUGUCCGGCGUCAUAAGACUUUGAGCUUGUUUCUCACCAAAUACCGACUCAUAUACCCUGGGAUUAUAACCUUUAUUAUAGCAACUGUGACAUUUCCUCAUGGAUUUGGGCAGUUCAUGGCAGGAGAGCUGAUGCCACGGGAAGCCAUCAGCACUCUCUUUGAUAACUAUACCUGGAUAAAACACACAGGUGACACUCAGAUCCUAGGGAAAUCUGCUGCCUGGAUCCAUCCUGAUGUUAGUGUCUUCGUCACCAUCCUGCUCUUCUUCCUUGUGAAGUUUUGCAUGGCUGUCGUUGCUACCACGAUGCCAAUCCCCUGUGGAGGCUUCAUGCCUGUUUUCGUAUUAGGUGCUGCAUUUGGACGUCUAAUUGGGGAAAUCAUGGCAGCACUUUUUCCCAGUGGGAUCAUCUUUGAUGAUAUUGUUUACCAAAUCUUACCUGGAGGGUAUGCUGUCAUUGGUGCAGCAGCUAUGACAGGAGCGGUGAGCCACACUGUCUCCACUGCUGUGAUCUGCUUUGAACUGACAGGCCAGAUCUCUCACAUCCUCCCCAUGAUGGUGGCUGUCAUUCUUGCCAACAUGGUGGCCCAGAGUUUGCAGCCCAGCCUCUAUGAUAGCAUCAUCCAGGUGAAGAAGUUGCCUUACCUGCCAGACUUGGGCUGGAAUCACAUAAGCAAAUACAAUAUCUUUGUUGAGGAUAUUAUGGUGCAAGAUGUGAAAUUCGUCUUCUCCAACUGUACAUACCGAGACUUGCAAACACUACUCCAAAACACCACAGUGAAGACUUUGCCUUUGGUAGACUCACCAGAGACCAUGAUCCUUCUGGGGUCUGUAGAGCGGUCUGAACUGCAAGCUCUCCUCCAGAAACAUAUAAGCCCAGAACGGCGACGGCUCCUCAACAGAGAAAUGCAGCAGAAGCUGUCUGAGGCACCCUACGAUGGACACAGCAAGGCAUUGUGGGCAAAUCUGCCAAAGUUGAAGCAUGAAUCUUUUGUGUAUGUUGACGAGGAUGAGGAUACAGAUGAGAAGGGAGAGCUGCCUCGGCCCCCAACUCCCACACCCAGUUAUCCAGAGGAGCCCAAUGGCCCGACAAGUCCUCUUAAACAAAUGCCUGAAACUUUGGAGCCCCAGCAACACUCAGGCAAUUUCAGGAUUUUGAGGCAACUGAUCCAGCUGCUCUUGUGCCAUUGUAACCGUCCACUUGAAAGAGAGAGCACAGUCCAGGAGCCGGAAGUUGUUGAGACAAUGAGGCCAGAAGAGAUAGAUGCUUGGGAACAGGAGGAGCUGAACAAGAACGUGUGCUUUGACACCUGCCGCAUAGAUCCCUCCCCUUUCCAACUGGUGGAGCGAACUUCCCUGCACAAGACCCAUACAUUAUUCUCAUUACUGGGCCUCAGCCAUGCCUACGUAACCAGUAUGGGGAAGCUGAGGGGAGUCUUGGCUUUGGAAGAGCUCCAGAAGGCAAUAGAGGGUUCCACGCGCUCUGGGGUUCGUCUCCGCCCACCCCUUGCCAGUUUCCGUGAUACCAAACGGACUGCUACCAACAGUGAGAAGGUCAGACAGGCCACUCAGGCAUGGAGCCAGGAGGACAACGGCAUGGUGGUAGCACAGCAAGCAGCAGACUUGGGCACAGAGAGCCCACUGCCUCCCUACUCACAAUCCCCCCAGCCUUCACACUCACAGGAAGAGGAGGAAGUUCUGUGCUCAACUUAUGCCACUGAUACUGAGUUGGAAGAGAUGGAGCUGACAGGGCCAGUUGCUGACAACAUCUCAGACAUCCUCAAGGACAUAAGCCUACGCACCACUGACCUGGAUGAAGAUGAGGAUGAGGAUGUCUCCUUAUAG